AUGAACACCGACGAAGUUUUGCGCUUGAAAAAAUCACUCGAGAAAGCUACUCAAGAAGGGAAGCUUUAUUCAACUCUUGAACUUCUACAGAGGCUAAAGGAAAGCGUAAAACCAACAAAAGAACUAUUACGGAAAACUGAAAUAGGGCUUCUUGUUAGCAAACAAAAAUCACACAAGAACGCAGACAUUGCUAGACUCGCGAAAGAUAUUAUCGCAAAAUGGAAGAAAGAAAUAGGCAGUGAGGGACGCUCAUCAGCAGUAGAAAGCAAUGGUUCCUCUGAUAGAGCUGUCAACUCAAAACUAUCCCCCAAGUCAAUACCAUAUAGAUCUACUCUAAAAACCAAUGUCGAUUCAAAUUCCCGACCUGCUGCUCCUACUAGUGAUGGCGACAUAAUACGAGCCGAGGACUCUCAGAGUUCUGUUAGCUCUCCAACAACGCCAAUACCCGACACGCCGUCGUCAGAUAGAGAAGGAGAUAGAAAUGUUACAACGGACAAUAUUAGUGGACCAUUUGUAGGAGACAGCAGGCGGGAUAGAUGUAUAGAGAUAUUAUACAAUGCAAUGGCGUUCGAUUCAUCUAAUGAUUCCGCAACAAUUCUAGAGCGAGCUAUCAAAAUAGAGAAGACGAUAUUAGACCAGUUUGGCGGAAAACAAGAAAAAGAAUAUAGAGACAAACUCCGCAGUCUAAUUCUUAAUUUAAAAGACAAGAAGAACCCAGAGCUGCGAGCAAGUGUGGUAAGCGGCGAGCUACCUGUAACUAGAUUCUGUACCAUGUCGAAAGAGGAUAUGGCUUCAGAAGAGAAGAAAGCCCGCGACCGUGCUAUACGUCAGGUUAAACUAUUCGAGUCACGUGGAGCCGGACCCUCGCUGGCUGAAACCGAUGCAUUUCGUUGUGGCAAGUGCGGUAAGCGUAAAUGCACGUACUAUCAAAUGCAGACGCGGAGCGCUGAUGAACCUAUGACGACAUUUGUCACUUGCACAAUCUGCAACAACCGAUGGAAGUUUUGUUAA